CUUUGGCUGAAAAGGAAGAACUAACAAAAAUAUAAAUAAUAAUAUUUUAAAAUUAUUUUUCAUAGUUUUCCCGCCACAAAAAUUUAAUAAUUAAGUGAACUUCAAAAUUUCAUUAUUGGGUUAAAUAUUGUAUAGUAUAUAAAUCAAAAAAAUAAAAUGAAUGCGGAAAUAGAUGUUUUCAUAAGUAAUUAUACCCUUAUUGAUUCAGAUAUAUUCCAACAAUGGAUUGAAGGUUAUUCAACUUCUGAGGCGUCACUGUAUUUAAAACAGAAAUGUUUUGGUCAGUUUAUGAGUGCUCAUAUAGACCUGAUUGUUUCUGAUAUUCUGGAUCAAUAUAGGACGUAUUCUUUAAUAGAGCGUUUAUUACAUGCACCGGUUAAGCUUUCAGAGCAGUCAUCUUUUCAACUGGAACCUAAAACUCUGCGAUUAAUUAUUGAAAAGUACUACUCUAUUGAUGACUCUGUGGCACGAGAAAUUUUGGGAAAAAAACUUUCUUCUCGCUAUCGCAAGGACCUAGACGAAGUUUCUGAAAAAACAUUUGUGAAGUUAAAAUCAUGCAGGCGACAGUUUGACAACGUUAAGCGGAUUUUUAAAGCUGUUGAAGAAUUACCUGGGAAUAUAACAAGCAAUAUAAAACAACAGUUUAUGCUUUCUGACACAUUGGCAAAAAAAUAUGCUUCCAUUGUUUUCCUGGCAUGUAUACGUUUCGAGACAUCUAAAAAGAAACUGAACUAUUUAAGUUUUCUGGAUUUUUUUUACUGUUCGCAAGCAGUAAUGGAAUAUUGGACCUACACGUACCAACAUUCAGGACCUGAAUACUAUGAUACAGAAAUGGAUAAGGAGUUUCUGCUGGAUUUAAGAGAGCUAAGAUGUCUUUUCGAAAAAGAAAAGGAAAUCAAACAUUUGGUAUGCCUGCGUUUGAAACCAAUUUUUCUGGAAAAAGCAUAUCAAGAAAUGGAUUUAAAUUUUCGGUCAUACUGGAGAUCAAUAAUUACUAUUGCCUGCAAUAUACAUCGAAAUAGGGAACUGAGGGGUUUAUUCGUUGAACUAAGCGAGAAGCUAAUUGAUCCAUGGAAGCAAAAUAAUUGGAAUCUCGACCAAGUGAAACAGUUUUUGGACGCAGUUUCCCAAAGCAUUUUGGAACUAGAAAUUUCAAGGGAUCAAGAAACGCGGUGCUUAUGGGAUCGAUACAUGCAAGUUAUCAUCAUAUGCCUGGAGAGAAUGUAUCAUUCAUGAAGUUUGUGUUACGUUUUUAACUACAUAUAAACAAAAUAAAUUAAAUAGCUGCCCUUUUUGUAUAUCUCUCAAACAGAAAUGUGCAAUACAGAUUUUUUCCGUAAAAUAAAAUGUGUUUCUUUAAAUUUG